AUGCCGUCUAGCAUCCGUUGGGGAGCAUGGCGCUCAAUAUUCAUGUUAACGCCUGUCCUGGUCGGGGCACCUUGGUUUGCCUACCAGCAACAUUACAAACUUCCGAAACCUCUAUCCGCGUUAACGAAUCCGGACACUCAACUACCACAAAUUUCUGAAGAACGAAUUCUCGGAGUCGCUCAGCAUCUCUCGGAAGGCAUCGGCUUUCGCACCGUCGGGACUUACGAACACGCUUUAGCAGAUGCAUGGAUGGUAGAUGCUGCCGAGGAAGUCAAAAAACGAUGUGAAGAAAUUGUUCUUGAAACCGGAAGAAAGCUAAAAUGUGAGGUUUGGCAUCAAGAGGGAAGUGGGGGGCACCGAUUCGACAUGAUGGGAAAGCGUCUUUACAAGACAUACGUAAAUCUCACCAAUAUCAUCGUCCGAAUUUCAGACGGCACGCCUGAAGGCAUGGAACAUGCGGUUCUCGUCAAUUCACAUCUCGACAGCACCCUACCUAGUCCAGGCGCUGCAGACGACGCGUUGGCAGUUGGUAUCAUGUUGGACUGUAUGCGAGUACUCAUAGAGACACCCAAAUGGUCUCCAAAACACGCGAUUAUCUUCCUCUUUAAUCACGCAGAAGAAUCUUUGCAAGACGGUUCGCAUUUGUUUUCCACUCAACAUCCUAUCGCCUCGACAGUACGAGCUGUGAUCAAUCUUGAAGCCGCUGGUACAACUGGAAGGGAAAUUCUCUUCCAGGCGACCUCGGAACAGAUGAUCGAAGCGUAUUCUCAUGUUCCAAGACCUUACGGUACCAUCUUCGCCAACGACAUCUUUAGCUCAGGAGUUAUCAUCACCGACUUCCGCCAGUUCGAACUGUAUUUAAAUGUCACAGGUCUAGAUAUGGCCGUGGUUGGGAACAGCUAUUUGUAUCAUAUGCGUAAAGAUUUAGUCGAGAAUAUCGAACCAGGAGUUGCUCAGCACAUGGGAGAAAACACUCUUGCUCUUCUUCGACAUCUCUCUUCUAAUGGCUCUCCCCUCCCUGCUUUGACCGAAGGAUACACCCGCCCUACAACCGUCUUUUUUGCACACGUUGGGCCCACUUUCUUCAUGUAUUCGUUCACCACUGCCAAGAUCAUGUACUCUGUUCUUUUUCUGGCAUCCGUCAUAUUGGUCCGAUGGACCUUUGUCGACCCGGCCCCAGCCCUCAAAACAGGGCAUGGUUUUUGGAGGGAGCAAAUCAAAGGUUUGAUGGCCGUAUUGGUUGGUAUGGUUGGGACGAUUGCUGUACCAAAUGCAGUUGCGAUCAUUAUGAAAUUUGCCUUAAAAAAGAGUAUGAGCUGGUUUAAGAGUCCCUUCGCUCCUAUUGGGCUGUAUGGCCCACCUGCGCUGCUGGGUGCUAUGGCUUCCCAAUACCUGAUCGGCGAAGUCCAUGAGCAAUCCGUUUUUACGGCAAUGCUUUUGAUACAAGCUUUUUUCGCCAUUGCCCUUCAGAUGGUUAACAUUGGAUCCGCUGCGAUGUUCUUCUUGAUCGCUCUCCCAUUCUUUGUUGCUCUUCUAUUAAACCUUGUGUUUGUGGGAUCAAAUAAGAGAAUAUCUCUAUGGACUUAUGCAAUUGGUCAAUUACUCCCGGCUCUUACUGGUUCUCUCUUGAUGUUUGGUGUCGUGGAAGUGUUUGUUCCUUUAACAGGCCGUAUGGGAGCAGAUGCCCCUGCAGACAAUAUUGUUGCCAUCAUAGUUUCAUCUCUCGGAGCGCUCGCAUUCCCUUUGACGUUACCUUUUGCUCAUCGCUUUGGAAAACGAACGUUAUAUAAAGGAGUUGUCUUUAUGAGCAUGGUAACUACACUGUCAAUAGCGUAUUAUGCGACUUUGGAGCCCUUCGAUGAGAUGCACCAAAAAAGGCUUUUCAUUAUACGCUCUGAAAAUAUCACGACUCAUGAACAUUAUCUUCAUAUCGCUGCAGCGGACGGUGCUCCUGGUUUUGAGUCGCUUGUAGAGGCUAUCACCAAGGAAUUUGGUGGGGCUGGGGUUCAAUCUGUCCCUGUGGUUAUGGAUGACUAUAACAGUGACUGGGAUUCUUUAUACCCUUUCUCGGCUUUUUUGGCUCCAUACAAGUUACCCUUGACGGUUGAUGCGGAUUAUGUUUCUCCUUGGGUUAAUGAGAAACAGUUCACUGUUACCAGUGUGAUUCACAAUGAAAAUUCGAUACCAGGAACCAGAAAUAUCACUGUUCAUGUAUCACAUCCCGGUCUUAUAUGGACAGCUAUCGCCUUUGAUGCUCAUGUCCUCAAAUGGUCUUUGGACAACAACCCUCCUGAUGAAUACGCUCGCCAUCACAUCAAGGAAGGCUCUUUCUAUGGCCAUGACACAUAUUCAUUCGACAUGGUCGUAAAACUUCAACCCGGUGCGUCACCGGAUGAUAAAGAUAUUCUCGUGAACUUCAUCGGCAUGCAAGAAAAUGGGAUUUGGCCUGCUAAAAAGGCUGUAAAGGCACAGGGAGGCGUAGCCAUGCAGCUGUUUGAGAACAUUGACACGUGGCUAGACGAAAAGACAGGUGGUAAAGUGGACGCUUUGUUGUUUGGAUCUGUUGCGGGUGUAUCACACAUCUAG